GCAUAACCACAACUUUCGGUUGAUUGAGGUUAUGUCGUGUCGUUAUUUAAACUUUGAACACUAUUAUCUAAAUUUUGGUCAGAUCGCAGUUGUAAAUAUUGAAGUUUACCCACUGGUGACACAAUCCAAAAGAUUUGCUUUUAUAUUGCAUUAAAGUAAAAUGUUCAAUGAAUUUUCGAAGAAGUUUGUUAACCAGAGAUCUUCGCCAAAAAAUGUGCACCACUGUACUGUCUGUCCAUACUUCACAUCAUCGAUGCUUUUUAUGGUGAACCACGUUCGGCGCCAUCGUACUUCUUUGUUACCUUUUAACUGUGAAGACGCCUCUGUUGAAUCUUAUUGUUGCAAGGACUGUGGUUUCCAAACUUACUUUACAGUUCUUUUCAAGUACCACUUUAGGAAGCAUCAUAACAUCAAAACAAAAAACUGGAAAGAUUCACCAGAUGAAGAAUUCAUCAUUCAGAACUAUGUUUGUCAAAAAUGCAACUUUGAAACACAUUCUCUAGUUAAACAGCUCCAACAUGCUGUUACAUGUUUUGAUCAAAAAGGAACUCCCCAAGAAUUUGAUUGUGUAAAUGAUGUUGAAAACAAUGUGGUCAAAGAUUUGAAAAGAUACUUAAUUUCACAUCUGGAUAAACCAGAUAUUAAGUGGUAUAAUUGCAAAAACUGUCUAUUUAAAACUAAAGACAACUCCACUUUAAGAAGGCAUAUAAAUGCGAUUCAUUUAGAUGAUCAAAGUGCUAAAUGGUAUGAGUGUAAAAUGUGUCCAUACAAAGCUAAAACAAAUUACAAUAUGAAAAGACACAGAGUUGUGCAUCAUUUAAAAGAACAGGAUAUUGAGUGGAACAAAUGCAAAAAAUGUCCAUUCAAAACCAAACGCAAAGAAUCGUUAAAAACCCAUAUAAUUUUUCGACAUUCUGAUGAAAAUGAUGUUAAAUGGUAUGAAUGCAAAAAAUGUCCUUAUAAAGCCAAAGUAAAGUCCCAGUUAACAAGUCACGUGAAGACAAAUCAUCUUGAUGAAGAAAAUAUCAAAUGGUAUGAUUGUAAUCAGUGUUCAUAUAAAGCUAAAGGGAAAUAUGCUUUAAAAAGGCACAUGAAUAGACGUCAUUUGGACGAAAAAAACAUCAAAUGGUGCGUAUGUGACCAGUGCCCUUACAAAACGAAAAGCACGGCUUAUUUAAAGGAGCACAUCUAUAGGCGGCAUUUGGACGAGCACCAGAUUAAAUGGUAUGAAUGUCAUCAAUGCCCCUUCAAAACCAAAACAAACUGCCAAUUGCAAAAACACAUUAAUGCACACCAUUUGGAUGAAUGCCAUAUUAAAUGGUAUGAAUGUGAAACUUGUCCAUACAGAGCUAAAAAUAUGUCUACUUUAAAAAGGCAUAUUAGAGUGCGUCAUGUGGAUGCAAAUGAUAUUAUGUGGUAUAAAUGUGAAAAGUGUGUUUUUAAAUCUAAAGAAAAAUCAGGCUUGAGAAGACAUAUACGUAAUCGCCAUCUGGACCAAUAGAAGAUUAAAAUGAAUGUAGCAAUAUAACGAUAUGCAGAAAGUUUUUUAAAUAAAUUUAAUUUUUCUGUU